AUGACCCUCCAACCCUGGCAACAACUGGCCGCAGCUAAACGCGAGUCCAUCCUCAACGCAAUCCCCCCGAAAUGGCGCAUCAAGGGCCCGAUCCCCUCCCCCGAGGAACAACGCGACGUCACAGGCCCCUACAUCCAACAAUUCCUCACGCCCCGGGAAAUCGAAAUCACUGAGACCGACGUUGUGGGGAUCCUCGAACGAACAACGACCGGCAAAUGGACCGCCGUGGAAGUCACAGAGGCGUUUUGUCAUCGGGCUGCGCUGGCGCAUCAGUUGGUCAACUGCCUCCACGAAAUCAUCUUCGACGACGCCCUCGCCACGGCACAAGCGCUAGACGCGCACUUCGUCAAAACCUCCCAGCCCAUCGGCCCGCUGCACGGCCUCCCCGUCAGUCUAAAAGACCAAUUCCACAUCCGCGGCGUUGAAACAACCAUGGGCUACGUCGGAUGGAUAAAUACCUUCCAGGGUCUCCCCAACGAUCCGCGCAGCCGUGUCUUCGAAAGCCAACUCGUCACGGACCUGCGCGCCGCAGGCGCAAUCCUCUACUGCAAGACAAGUGUGCCCAUGAGCCUGAUGUCAGGCGAAACAGUCAACAAUAUCAUCACCUACACGACGAACCCGAAGAACCGGUUGUUAUCGUCCGGGGGCAGUUCGGGCGGCGAAGGGGCGUUGAUUGCGCUGGGGGGAUCCCCGGGGGGUUUUGGGACGGAUAUCGGGGGGAGUAUUCGUGUUCCGGCUGCUUUCAAUGGGCUGUUUGGGAUUAGGCCUUCGUCUGGGAGAAUGCCGUAUCAGGGGGCAGCGAAUUCGAUGGAUGGGCAGAAUACGAUUCUUUCAGUGAUCGGGCCGUUAGCGAGGUCGGCGGGGGGAUUGAUGGCGCUGUUUAAGGGCGUACUGGGGACGGGGCCGUGGUUGAGGGAUCCGUUGGUUUUGGAGAUUCCGUGGAGGGAGGAGGUGGAGAGGGAGACGAGGGAGCUGGUGAGGGGCGAGCCGAAGGCGUUGGCCUUUGGGGUUAUGUACCAUGAUGGGGUCAUUGGGCUGCAGCCGCCGAUUGAGCGGGCGUUGAGGAUCGUGGAGGAAACGGUGCGCGGGCUGGGCCAUACGGUCGUUACGUGGACUCCGCCUUCGCAUCAGAUCGCCGUGGAUCUGGCUGAACGAGCUUACAGCCUGGACGGCGGCGCCGACGUCGCCUACCACCUCACCCUUUCCGGCGAAGAGCGCGCCGCACAAGUCAUCCUCAACCUAGCCGGCACGCAGAAGACGGCCAUGGAAGUCGCCGCCCUCAACGUCGAGAAACGCGAGUACCAGAAACGCUACAUGGAUUACUGGAACAGCACGGCCGAUCUGACCGGCACCGGGCGUCCCGUCGACGCAGUCAUCUAUCCCUGCGCGCCUCAGGCAUCGACUGUGCCCAAACGACUCGCGACUGUCGGAUACACUUCGUUUAUCAAUGUAUUGGACUACACGAGUGUCGUGAUCCCGGUCACUCAUGCCGAUAAGACGGUUGAUGUGGUGAGGGAGCAGGAGGUGUUUUUGAGUGAGCUGGAUGAGAAGGCGCAGAGAGAGUACGACCCCGAUACAUACGACGGCGCGCCAGCGGGUCUGCAGAUCUUCGGACGGCGAUUGCAGGAGGAAAAGAUCUUGGUGUUGGCAGAGUAUCUUGCCGAGAAGGUGAAGGCGGCGAGUACCAGUCCUUAGUCUCGGGAGUGAAGAUGGUAUGAUAUUAUGAUGAAAUAUGAUAACAAUGACAGUCUUUCGCCUGCAAUGCCAAGUGAAACCAUCUGGUUGCGUUGAGCGUUAAGAAAGAACGAGACAGAUCAAGGUCAGACCAUGAGAUUGGGC